AUGGUGCCCAAAUCAGAUACUGAGGAAACAGUCGUGGCAGUGGUCACUGUCGACCCGUCGUCAAAAGCUGCCAGACAACUAUAUGUUGGUAACAUCCCUCGCACAACAAACAAUGAUGAACUCCAGAAGGUUUUUGAAGAACAUGGUGUCAUUGAGAAAGUUGAGGUAUAUCAAUCUGGUCAAUGGAUGGUGGUCAGAUUCUUUUCCAAUUGGAUAUAUGAGCUUUUAAAUGUUCUUGAGUUCAACAGUGCAAGUAAAAGAAUGUCUGUUAUUGAUCAUGAGGAAUUCGGGAACCAUCUUUUACUCUGUAAAGGUGUUGAUAGUGUUAUUCUUGAUGAAUUUGCAAAAAACAGGAGCCAAUUUGAAGAAAAUGAAAAAGAACAUGUGAAUGAGAAGAUUUGUCGAAGUUGA